CUUUUGUUUAGUUUCCACACGGACUGUUGUACACGGCGCACCGUGCACCCGGCUUAACUGUUUUUAGACUUCAAAGUCAGAUGAUAAAGUUUGCAGACUUCUCCUGUGCAGUCACAUGUCAUGCUGUCUGUACGCACAGCUUAUGUCUGUCGCCGGGCUUCACCGGGAUGGUCUCGUUGUAGGUUUGGCCGAAGUCCUCUGAAGUGGCUCUUGGGAAAUAUAGAACAGAGAGUGCUUGCAUCAUCCAGCUUAAAAAUCACUCCAGCUCCUGUUUUCUCCAAAGCUCCUACAUAUGGAAACAACGUGGCCAUUAUAGAUCACAGCGGGAGCCACACCUACCGCUCCCUGUACAAAAAUGGCAAAAGCCUGGCGGGACGUAUUACUGAAACCCUCGCCUGUCAAACAGGAGACCUGCAGGGUAAGCGUGUCGCAUUCCUGUGUGGCAAUGAUGCAUCUUACACGGUGGCGCAGUGGGCGUCCUGGAUGUGUGGUGGCAUUGCCGUGCCGCUCUACCGGAAGCAUCCUCCGGCGGAGCUGGAAUAUGUCAUUACGGACUCCCAGAGCUCACUGCUGAUAGCCGGGCAACCUUUUACAGACUCCCUGCAGCCUUUGGCACAAAAACUAGGACUGCCCUGUCUGGAGCUUCCUGCCACAUCCAGCUUAGAUUCUCUACAAUCCGAGGACACAUCCACGCUGCCUGAGGAGAACAUCUCAGACUGGGCGGAGAGGCCUGCCAUGCUAAUCUACACCAGCGGCACCACGGGAAGACCGAAGGGCGUGCUGCACACCCACAACAGCUUGCAGGCCAUGGUCCAGGGUUUGGUCUCAGAGUGGGCGUGGAGCCGAGAUGAUGUCAUCCUGCACACGCUGCCUCUCCAUCACGUACACGGCAUCGUAAACAAGCUGAUGUGCCCACUGUGGACAGGUGCCACCUGCAUCAUGCUGCCAGAGUUUCAGCCUCAGAAAGUUUGGGAGCAUCUGAUUGGUUCGAGAUCUUCAGCAGUGAAUGUGUUUAUGGCAGUUCCCACUAUUUACUCCAAACUCAUUGAAUACUACGACCAACAUUUUACUCAACCCCGCGUCCAGGACUUCAUCAGGGCUGUGUGCAAAGAGAGAAUACGGCUGAUGGUGUCUGGUUCUGCUGCUCUUCCUCAGCCGGUUCUGGAGCGCUGGGCGGACAUCACGGGUCACGUACUGCUGGAGCGUUACGGCAUGACUGAGAUCGGCAUGGCCCUCUCAAAUCCACUUAAGGGGCCACGUAUACCCGGUUCUGUUGGAGUGCCGCUCCCAGGUGUGGAAGUUCGGAUCAUGAUGACAAACACUACCAACACGGUCCUCGCUGAGGGCAACAGCAAAGGGACCCAGGUGAAGGCCGGUUUGGAGGGGAAAGAAGGUGAGCUGAUGGUUCGAGGUUCGUCAGUCUUUCAGGAGUACUGGAACAAACCUCAGGAGACAUCAGACGCCUUCACUGCGGACGGCUGGUUUAAAACCGGUGACACUGCAGUCUACAGAGACGGUGUGUACUGGAUCAUGGGUCGAACAUCAGUGGAUAUAAUCAAGAGCGGAGGAUAUAAAAUCAGUGCACUGGAUGUGGAGAGACAUCUGUUAGCUCACCCUGAUAUCACAGAUGUGGCUGUGAUUGGAGCUCCAGAUGCUACCUGGGGUCAGAAGGUCACAGCGGUGGUACAGGUGAAGAAGGGAAAGACGAUGACCCUGUCGGACCUGAAGAUCUGGGCCAGAGAUCACAUGGCUUCAUACAGCAUCCCCUCAGGACUGAUCGUGGUGGACGAAAUGCCAAGAAAUCAGAUGGGCAAGGUCAAUAAAAAGGACCUGCUACGGCAGUUCUUCUCCACAACAGUCUGAAUGAACCACAUCGGUCUGAUCUAGAAUCAGUGCUCAGAGAGACCGAAGUAAUGGUCAUAGAUCAGUUAUUUGAUUUAAUAGACGUUUUUAAUUGUGAAGUGUGUGUCUUCAUUAGUAGCCAGUAGAGGGGACCAGACUUUCCCACAAUGCAAUGCGCUGCUUUGUUUUUAUGUGUAAUAAAAUCACAAGUGCAUCAUCAUUGUGCGAUGCCUUUUUACCUCAAUGUUACAGAUCAAAUUAAAUGAAAGUCUUUAUUUUCUGUAAUUGUAUAAUAAUA